GUGUUGAAAAUAAUUGACAGGCUUAUUAGAGAACCACGCAACAAGACUUCCCACAUGGCUUGGAAGGCUUUCGCGGUUCUGUUGGGACAGAGCUUCCGCUCUGAUUCGAAAUAUUGGCUAAUAAAUUAUCUUUACAUGCUAUGGUUCUGGUUCAGUUUGGUGUACAAUAUUGCUUACCAAGGAUUGUUAGUGAAAGGCCUUCAAACGAAAUACCUGGAGCCUCGUUUUGAUAAAAUAGAAAACGCUAUAAGUUUAGUAGACGGCUACGGGGGAACGAUAAGGCAAAGAAGCGUAUACAAUGGCACUCCUAUAUUUAACAAGUACCAGGUCAAGGAGUUACAUGAAAUGUUUUCAUACCUGUCCCCGAUAUCGAGGGGUAAGCGGUUCCUGAUUCUAACAGUAAAAUUAGUUUUACUGGGGUACACAUCACUGCAGAUUUUUGAGGCAGUUAAUCAUGUACCGAUGACGAUGUCUUUGACUCCAAGGUGGGGAGGUGGUGUGGAAAUAAUCUCAACCCAGACCCGACUGAUAGAAGGCGGUUUCUUUGAAAAAAUUCUUGUCGAUGAGAAACGGGCUAUUGAAAGCAGAGAAUCCAAGUUACGUGUUUCUUCAGAUUUUCAAUCAGGGCAUUUGGAUUUUAAAACGCUCUGCACGUGCUUCUAUGGUUUGGGGAUGAUGAGUGUGGUAUGUUUUGUUAUAUUUUUAAUAGAGCUGCUUUACCAUCGGCUAGUAACACCCGCGAAGGGAAAGCUAAUGCAAGCUUUAGAUAAGCUUCAUGCGGCGUAAGUAUCAAGUGAUUUCUAACUCAUCAGUACCCCUAGUGUAAUUUUAGUCGAUAGCGAAACGUAACGUACGCGUUUGCGUUAAGUCUCAUUUUGUAUGGAUUUUUGA